AUGAGCGUCCCCAACCCGAGCUCUCAACGGCAUGGAGAGGCAGAAGAGAUGUUGCAAUCCAAAUCUUCCGAAGUGGUUGUCGGCUGCCGAAAGUCGGAGCUCGCUCUUGUCCAAAGCCUUUCCGUCAUAUCCAAACUGCAACAGGCGGUGGGCUCCUUGCCCACCUUCAGAAUCGCCACGGGAAGCGCCGCCGGUGACACGGAUAAGCAAACGCCUUUCAUGAUCCUCUCCAAGCAGACCGGCGGAUCCGACAUUGGUAAGAGCCUUUGGACGAACGAUUUGGAGUCAGACCUGGUUGCCGGCAAGACCCAACUCCUCGUCCACAGCUUGAAGGAUAUGCCAACAACGCUGCCCCCUAAAUGCCUUCUUGGGGCCGUUCCAGAGCGCGAAGAUGCAUCUGAUGCCGUCAUUAUGAGGGCCGACUCAAAAUUCAAAUCGAUCGAUGAACUGCCGCCUGGUUCUGUUGUGGGGUCGAGCUCUUCCAGAAGGAAAGCUCUUGUUCGACGAAAUUGGCCUCAUCUGGAGGUAGUAGAAUGUCGCGGCAACGUAGACACUCGCCUUCGCAAGCUUGACGCGCCGUCUUCGCAAUUUUCAUGUAUUCUUUUAGCAACAGCAGGACUAUUGCGUCUGGGACUCGGUCAUCGUAUCACGCAACGGCUGAAUGCUAGCACAUUUCCCUAUGCAGUCGGCCAGGGUGCACUGGGCGUUGAAGUCAGCACGGAUCGUCAAAACAUACAACAACUCGUCCGUCAUGUCGACCACCUCCCUUCGAGAUGGCGCGGCAUGGCGGAGAGGGCAAUGCUUCGUAGUCUGCAAGGGGGAUGCUCAUCCCCAAUUGGCGUCUGCUCGACCUUUGAGGCCCUCAUGGAAACCGAGACAGCAGACACAACAGAAGAAUUUCAACAGCAAUUACCAAGCCUUGAUCGUGGCAAACUCCACUUGCAAGCGACAAUUCUUGACAUGACAGGAACAACGGAAAUCUUUGCUGAAGAUGUGGCUGUCGUCCAGUGCGAUAUCGAAGCAGAGCAACUUGCAAGUUAG